AAUGUCAAGACAAUAAAAUAGGCAGAGGAUUGGGGUGAUUGCUUUUGUCCUUUUGUUAUAAUGAUUUCCAAGAAUUAUAUUACAAUUGACAAAUAUCAUCAAGACCCGAUAUUUCUUCGCGGUGACUAUAAAUUCUUGUUUAAAUCAUUUUCAGGGGACGGUUUAAUCGGGGAACAGUCACUUUUACAUCACGAGGAAAAUGUACCAGGACGAAACGAUUAUUUGUACAGAAAUUGAACUCGCUAUGAUUUCCUCAAUUCUCAAGAUCAUUUUCUUCGGUUCAUGCAUUUACGGUAUCCAAUCGUUUGGGUCGUCAUCGCAGCUCAUUCGCCUCGGAUAGGAAUUUCUCAACGCCUUCACGAAGAGAGGCCAAAAGUGACGAGUCUACAUCGAAAGCCAAGCAGUGCAUGGCGUAAGGAGCGUAGGAGGGACCCGAUUCAAAGUGAGGCCCUUGACAUGUCUGCCGCCAGGGUACAUCAUCAUAAUAGGCCAAGUGUCAUCGUACCGACUACACCUCAACCUGGUACCACUAUCGAGGAUACAGCAGUUACACCAACGGCAACAGCAACCGCAUCAGCAGCAACGGCAGGUCAGAGAACUGGAAUGAGGAGUACGGGCGUAGUCAGCGAUCCAGCGAUAGACGAACACUUCAAACGGUCCUUAGGGCUUGCAGAAUAUGCUGCUGUCUUUAAUGCAUCGUCCUCCACUGACAAGGAAACUGGUCUUAGUGCAGUCGAUGACCACUUCGCUAAGGCCCUUGGGGAGACAUGGACGAGACUGCAGGCAACCAACCGAACCAAGGAUUCUACCUAACCCACGUGAUUCGUCCUGCAACGUCGGUCCAUAAUCGAUACUACUGCUACUAUUACUAUAACUAGUACUAUCCUUUAUCACUAUGAUCGCUCGAUCCAUUCAAAAUUGUUUACGCCCUGGAAUGUCUCUUAGGUUUUGAGUGGAACUGUUCCAGUACUCAGUAGAUUAGGUAGUAAUCGGUAAAAAUUGUACUGAAUAACUCUAGGGUAACUGUUGUCAGGUGUCAUGCACGGGUUUCUCGUGCUUAUUAGGAUAAUCGACACAAUUGACAAAGUUCCAUUCCCAAUUCGAUUUGUUUUUGGGCCAGGGCAAUCCUUUGUUCCAGUUCCGUGAUCACCUGUUACAAUUGAAUUGUACGUUACAUUAUGCUGUACAGUUAUACGAGAUGUUGGAUAUACAUGUUACAGGUCAUUAACAUGCAUUAUAUAAUUAGGACAUGAGAACUGUUAUCUCAUCUGAAUACUGCUGUAAUGCGAAACGCGAUAUUUGCUCUUAACUGUUUCGGAGACACUAAAGGAUUCACGGAACGGCGUUGGGAAACUUUGUAUAUCUUUGGAUUUGUUUUGUGCAAGCUGCGAAUUCUUGGAGUUGAAAUUGUAAAUAGGUACACUCCGCGACAUGUACGCCAUCCUUACAGUCAUUGCCGUAGUCCAAGUCAUGCGGAAAUAAGAAGUUAUUUAUUAUUAUAUUACUAUUACUCUCGCGUUACUGCGAGUAUAUAAAUAUAUAAAUAAAUGAAGUAAAUAUAUAUGAAAAUAUAUAUGUAGUAUAAUACAAAUACAGGAUGUUCAUAAUUGUAUGCAUCAGAACGUAGAGUUCCUUUUGAAAAACUGUAACAAGAUUGUUCAGUGAACAGGUACUAAUCGAAUCCAAAUGUAAAACUCGGUUUGUGAAAUUGUUGUCUCGCUGUGAUGAUUUGAAAUGAAAAAUGAUUUGAUGAUGCAAUUUCAUUAGCAUGAGUUUUUAAUGUGAUACGUUUUGAAGCACUCGACACUUGGACUGAUUUUAUCAUGGAUUCAUUUUUAAAGGUAAAGUAUUGAGCUAUGCGUAACAAUAUAAAAAGGCCCUACUUUAAUUUUCAAAGAUCUGAUAUUUCUCUCUUAAUUAUAUUAACUAUAAAUAUUACACUAAAACGAAGAAAUCCUUUAGAGGGGUGUAUAAUUUUGUAUAAUCUCAGUCCUAAAGAGAGAACAUAAAUGAUACUGAAAAAGUCGGAUGUAGAAUUGGAGAAGAAGCGGCUCAAUCUCCAGAUGGCAGCACGUGUGACUCACCGAUGUGCCAUGAUUAAACGGCAUUAAGUAUCAGUAGUCUCUUUUCGAAACUCAAUAGUUUUACAGAAAGAGUUUCCAAGCCUAUAGACUUUCAAUAUAUUUUACUUUCAAUUGCCACAAUGGGAUACACGUUUGUUGUACCAAGAUUGCUCGAAAUAUUCGAAAAACAAGGAUUAUACUGUAGGUAUGGUAGCUGUCAUUAUUGACAAUUUUUCAAUACAAAUUUUAAAAUGUAAAUGAUGUAUAGUUUUUAGUAAUAAAUGUAAAUUUUAUAUUACCCA